UUUAACUGUGUUACUCAUAAGAAACUUGUGGGUGUAAAAGUAUAAUUUCUUGGAUACAUUUUAAUACUGUUUUAUAUUAGAGCCACGUUUGAUAGGGAAGCCCUAAAUCAGGUUAAAGUCCAUUUAUCAUAGACCAUUAUACUGUGUUUAACUCGUCUUUGUCCUCCGUUAGAGAAUGACAAAAUGAACAAAGAGUAAGAAAAAUAUUUAAAAUUUACACAGCAAUAAGAAGAGUGAAAACAAAGUGUCUACUGGGAUGACUGAUUUGGACGCUUCUUGAGCCCAUAGGUGGGCAUGAGGACACAGGAACACAUUACAGAAUUGAUGGGUGGAGUGGGUGGUAAACUCAUGCUAGGGAUCUUUCACACUGCCCCAUGAACUCCCGAACCUUUCUCUCCUGGGUCUGCAUAAAUUAGUGAGUGAAUUAACUAGUCAAUUUAAGACAAGGCUGACAAAUUAUGAGCAAUAUUUUUUUUCAGUGGUUUGGAAACCUAGUUACCAUGGAAUGGUGGAAUGAUCUUUGGCUAAAUGAAGGAUUUGCAAAGUUUAUGGAGUAUGUGUCAGUCAGUAUUACUCAUCCAGAUCUGAAAGUUGAAGAUUAUUUUUUAGGCAAGUGUUUUGAUGCCAUGGAGGUGGAUGCAUUAAAUUCCUCACAUCCUGUGUCUACUCCUGUGGAAGAUCCAGCUCAAAUUCAAGAAAUGUUCGACGAUGUUUCCUAUGAAAAGGGAGCUUGCAUUCUAAAUAUGUUAAGGGAUUACUUGAAUGCAGAUGUGUUUAAAGCUGGGCUUGUACAAUAUCUGCAGAAGUACAGCUAUCAGAAUACAAAAAAUGAAGAUCUAUGGAACAGUCUGGCACAUGCAAGUAUUUCUUGGCGGGCGGGGGUGACGGGUUUGGUCAAAGAGACCCCCUUGGGACUGUCACUUGAUGUGCUGAAACUACCUCUGAGCCAGUUUUCCCUGCCAUUCCAGAACCCUAUCUUGUUGAACCAGACAUGCUACUUUCUGAAACACAGACCCAGGGUCUGAACCACGCCCUCAAAGCUUCAGACUUUAACCAAAAUUGCUCAGCAGAUUUCCUAUCUCCAGCACCCAGACACCCAGCUCCCAAUGGGAUCCAAACCCCAAAUAAAUC